AUGACUGUGACAGGUGCUCCUGAGCAGGACAUGGAACCUAACUGUAGCCAACUUCGAGUGCCCCUCAUCUCCAUACCGGAAAAGACCCCUCCUAGUCUGCUCGCUUCACUCCUCUUCUUCGCCAAAAAUCUGCUCCUCUUCAAGGCAAUCACCGAAAAAGGCACUUCUUCGACUCCUGCCAUCCCCCUACUUCUCCCGGAGGCGCAAAGUACAGUCAGUGUAUCACUGCUUAUGCAGAUCUGCUCCCUUGAUGUUGACACACCGCCCGCUCUGGAGGAUGCCAACGAUGGUGGUGGUGGUGGUGGUGGUGGGGGUGGUGAUGGUGUGAGAUUGGAACAGGUUGGGAUCGAGGAAGAAGAGAGGAAGGAAGAUUCCAAAUCAAUUAGGGUCCCUUCCCUACACAGUGACAGCAGUGCCUCAUCAAGGGUAGUGCAGACUUUCCAGACGCUUCCUCGUGUUGCAAUUGGCUUGGAUUUCUCCAACAAUUUCACAGUACCGGAGAAUCGAAGGCAGUUAGUGCUGUCGCCGCUAGUAAUGUUUGUCACCAUUUGUCAA